CUUGUUCACAUGAUGUUCGUCAACAAACGAUGUCGGACAGACAGUCACUGGAACUUUACAGUAAAUUUGAUGAAAAUCCUCAACUUUGUCUUGAUAAACUUCUGACAGAAGCUAGUGGUAAUGGAGACAUCGACAUGGUCAUCGAUUUGUUGCAAAAAGGAGCCGAUGGAAACGCUGCAGCAUACGUUAGGCAGCACAUCUUUUCAGGCCAGUAUUACCAGACGCCAGCUAUCGGGGCUUGUCUGUCGGGCAACGCUAAGCUGUUGAGAAUUCUGCUUGAGAAUGGAGCUGACCCCAAUGCUGGUGAUACCUACAGUGUGACACCCUUGCACUAUGCUGCACAAAAUGGCCACCGAGAUUGCCUGCGUCUUCUCAUAGAUUACGAAGCAGAUAUCAACGUAGCCACUCAAUAUUACAAUCGACCAGGAUCUAUAACAAGAAGGUUUCUAGGAGGAACAACAGCAUUGCACUUGGCAGCGAAGAAUGACCACCCGGACAUCAUUGAGGAUCUGAUACUGCAAGGCGGGGCAGACUACAAUAAGAUGAAUGAAGUGGGAAAGACAUGUCUAAAUACUGCAAGUAGCUGGGGCAAAGAGGAGUGUGUUUUGAAGCUGUUCCAAUGUGCACUUGGCAGGGAGCUUCUGUCACUGCCUGCACUUGACAACGGUAAUACACCUCUGCAUGACUGUAUAGGCUUUGGAAUGGUAAAAGCAGUUGAUGAACUGGUACUUCGGGGCUCUGACGUAAAUGCUACCAACAAUGACGGGCUCUCGCCCCUUCACAUUGCAGUCAAGAACUGCACUACCACCUGCUACGAGAUAUUAGAGUGCAUCGUUACCAAAGGAAUUAAUGUAGAUGUCAAUCAACCAGCUGCUCUGCCUCCUGGGUCACAUGGCUCUGGCAAGUGUGGAUUGAAAGCACUUCAUCUGGUGACAUUUUGCCUUAAUGAGAAUUCCUUAGCAGAUGCUGCGUUCCGACGAUGCCCUAGACAAACAGCUGCCGCUGUACUGCUGGUGCGGUACGGUGCAGACGUUAACAUCUGGUACAAUCAUAGAACACUUCUACAGCACGAGGUGCUGUGUGCCGAGACCGAAGAAGUCUUAGAAGCAAUCAUACGAACAUCAAUGUACUUUGACCUGUCAAAUUGUCAGGUAGUCGCAGGGCUAUUAUGGCCGGGACAAGCACCCCGUACAUCCUUUUGUCUCAGGAAUGUUCCUCGCAAAAUAACGGAUCAGCGGUUACAGCGACUGUCAAAAUUAAAUAGCAAACCGCGAUUACUACAACAUUGUUGCCGCUUCACUAUUAGAAAAUGCAUCGGGCCAAAGAGACUUAACAAGAUAUAUACACUUGGUAUACCAGAUACACUAAAGGACUAUCUUCUGUUGAAGUAUUAAGUGUAGAUAAAUACGCAAUAUACGUGCAAUGAGUUGUUAUUAGGGAGCUUUCUAUUGCACGAUGCGGUAGGACGUAGAACGUAAUGACAUCACUAAGAAGUCAUCUGUGCAUGCGAGAAUGUUAAGUUCUCAUGUGGAUUUUAGCCGAAUCUAUGUUGUGCAGAGAAUGUAGGACGGUCUUGCAUGGGUAAAUCCGUUCUAGCGUUGUGUCAUCACGCAAAUCAAAAGCUUGCUAUUGUGCCUGAAAGAGGUGCUAUAUAUAAUCAACAAUAAUGUGUAUAUCACUGUAGGCCCUCAACAAGUCAGUUAUCUAUAUUAUACUGCAGUUCUUUCUUGUUUUGACCAAAGAUUAUAGAACUACAAGAAUCCAACUGCCCUGAUUUUGUAUGCACGCAAUGGAACAUUAAAAAUACUGCCAGGAGAUAGGGGUUGCAAUAUCAGAAUUUAAAUCUGGUUUCGAAUAGAGUUCAAAACUCGUCUUUUAAGGACAUGCCCCUUUGUGGCAUUACUUUUUGAAAUAGGAUUACGUUCCAACAAAACUAUGCGAGUCGAACCUCUUGCAGUUAUAUACUCUUUGCUUUGACUGUCUCAAAAGUAAUUGAUUGGUUGUUUGAUCAUGCAAGUCACAGGAUUGCAUAUAUGAAGCUAUGUGGUCUCCACAGUCCGAGGAAAUUCCAAAUCAAGGGGCUGCAAAAAUAUUCCUGACACAAUCUCAUGAAUAUCUACAAUGUCAAGCCAUACCUGGGCAAAUAGGAGCCUAUAAACAGUCCAGGUCAACAAAAACAUGUACAGAUCUUUCCAGUCUAAUAUUUUGAUAUUUACUUUUAAAUUAUUGUUUAUGGUUGCCUAGCAAUACUUCAGAGAGACUUCUGGGACUAAAAAAAGAUGGCAAAUUCUUUGAAUUUACAGUAUGAUUUUGGUAUAUUGUUGCUAAGCUGCACUAAACAAGACUUUAGAAGUGAUGCUUAAUUUUUAAAAUUUCUUUCUUAUUGUUUCUCCAAAUCAUAUACUAUAUUAAAAAAUAUGUUUAUAAAAACAAACAAUUAAAAAGUUUUUAUCAAUAGUAGAAAUAAGGAUCUUGAGACUGCUUGUGGUAUCAAUGCCUAUUUAUAAACUAUAAUGCAAGUACCCUAUAGUGCAAUUAUGCACAGUAUGGAAGAUAAUAAUACUGUAUACUGCCCUAUUCUGCAACCUUUUUAACCCAUAACCCAAAUUAAAUGUCAGGCACUGAGACACAAUUCAACGAAGGCCAAAUAUCUCAUCUGAAUCUCGUGGUAAAAUGUUUGAAUGUGGUAUUAUUUAUUUUUUUAUAAAUCACGUCUGUCAAUUAUAUGCGCGUGGGAUAGAGGGUAUAAGAACCACCCACUUGAUUCUUUUGGCAAUCGAUUACAAGAUUCUAUUACCCACAAAAUCAAUUUAAAAUAAAAAAAACCCUAAAAAUGAAAAUUCUGUAUAACUUUAAAUUAUUCAUUUAACAAAACCACAUGUUUGCAAAUCUUUCAAUAAGUUAGAGAUUUAAAGAAAAGUUAUGAAUUAUUCAAAGACACAAAUUUAAUUGACGAGAAAAUAUUUUAUUGUUAUAAUCUUCAGCUAAAAGCCAAACGUAGUGAAAUGAACGAAACUAACACUUUCAAGUUGUCAUACCUGAAGUACAAAUGUUUUGAUAGUACCAAGAUGAAACUGUGCAAGUUUAAAGCAUUACUAAGUAAUGCCACACUUUAAUUGCACUUUUGUUUACUGUAAUUGGAUUUCGUUUGUCGCCGUUCAUAUUACUACGUGUAGUUUUCAUGAUCUGAAGAGAAUAUGCGACCAAUCAUACAUUUUUUGUGACCCAUUGGUUGUGUAACAGUGAUAUACUGUAUAAAAUAGUGCUUUAUAUAUUUAUCUGCAAAAUAUGAGUGUCUCAUUGUUCCUCCUCACGUGUAAAAAAAUUGUCCAACAAUAAAGUGAAAGACAACAGUACAGUAUUUUUUAAGUUUUAUUUUUAUGUCACCCUGUUGAAACCUAUCUACAAAAUUUACAAAAUGUUCAAAAUGAUAGUAAACAUAACUUUGUUGAAACAUUAAAUUAAUGUAACCUAGCCAUACUAGUAGAUUACUGUAAUUUACAACAGGCAAGUCCUAUAAGGUUGGGUUCACACAAGCAAUUUAGAAUCACUGAGGUGUUACUAGAUAGUAAUGCUUGUUCAGUGUGAACUAAGUUUAGAUCACUGACUUGCAUCACUUAUUUUAACUUGCCAGUUCUACAUCACAUUAUUUAUCAUCCAUAACUGUCAAAAAAUGUCCACAUCUUUAGUUGGCAUAUUGUUCACACAAGAUACAGUGUUACUACGCUUAGGUGUAGUAGUAUUGCUUGUUCAGUUUGAACCAAGCAUUUCUUACAUAAAUCACUGACAGUUCUACAUCAUGUCACACUUUUGUGAAGCUACAAUCAUCCGCAAUUAUCAAAAAAUGUCAACAUCCUUUAGUUAGCAUAUUAUGAUUGGCUGUCAUGCAGCCUGUAAGCCUUGUAGUAGAUAGACAUGCCUGCCAACGUUUUAAUGCACUGUGAUGUCAUAUGAACCUAGACCAUUUAAUACUUUCUGAAUUCUAAUGAAGAACAAAUGUACUUUGUUUCUCUUUGCUAUGGUUUGCUGGAUUUGAUAUUAGAAAACAAAAGUUGCUUAAUUCGCGAAAUUUAUGAACAUUGUACUUGAUCUCCAAUAACAAAAGCAGUAUCUUUACAAUUGAUUUUCAAAUUUUUGAUUGGCUCACAAUAAAUAUAAAUUCAUCCUUCUACACACAGAUAAGCUCUGCAUCCUGUUAUUAACUGCCCGGCAGCGUGGUGGUCAUGAUUAGACAAAUUUCAUGUAUACAUGUACUGUAUAUAAUUUAGAGAUACAAAUAAUCCUCCCCUAUUCACCGCAUGUAAGAUAAAGGCGGAUUUUAUAUUAAAAAAAGUACUGUACAUCAUCAAUUUCUGAAAUUACCAGAACAUGAUCAUGAUUAAAAGCUUUCUAAUGAGUGAUGUUAAUUACUACAAAUUACUGCACUCCUCAGAUGGCACGACAGCCAUUUCUAACCAACAGGUCAUAGAUGUUGAGGUCAUUUUUCCUCUGGAAACAAACAUCUAUUUAUAGAAAUUACAUUUGAGUCUUGCCAUCUCAAAAAACAGCAUCAGUCACCAAAAAAAAUAAAAUUUACUUUUUGAUAAGCUCCUUAUUCUCUAAUUUGUAAGCUUAAAAAUGAUGGGUCAUUUACUGGCAUCCACUUACCACUGCAAGUUAUGAGUAAAAGUAUUAUAGCUUCUCUGUACUAAAGUAUACAAUACUGCUAUGCUAAUUAGUUUACAGUUAGGGACAAUACUGUACUCUGCUUUUGCAAUGGCCAGCCUCAUUUAGGCUUUUGAGACUUUGGUUAAGUAUCAUGGUAAAAAUAGUAUUCAAUGUGUCUUGCUUUUACUUGCAUCCAAGCCAUUUAACUAUAGUAGUCGUUCCAUGCCAAGUGUCAUCUUGGUAGACUUUCCCCUGUAUGCAUCAGUACAAAUAUAUUUUCUAGUGCCUGAGAUGUUCAGUAUUAAGGAAAGCUAAAAUCUAAGUACACAAAUUCAAAAGGUUUUUUAGGCCCAUGGGUGAGAAUACUAAUAACAUGGAAAUAGAUUUUUCAUUCUAUUGAUUCAAUUAUAAUUGUUAACAUUAAUAAAUAUUUUUCCAGAAAAGGAUUUCAGAUAAAAUAUGAACUGCAAGGAUAUAUGCUCAAGAAAAAAAAAAAAAAAA